UGGAUGAGUGCCUACAAUGCUAGGGUGUUGCGAUUGUUACAAACGAGACGUCAGUAAUAUUGUUUACACGGUGUUCAUUAAUUAACACAGGUAACAUAUUCUAUUCGCUUUAAACUCGGAGUGAUGUUAUUGACGUAGCACUAUGAUUGUAAAACAACGGAGUCGUCAUCAUCGUACGUCUGACGUCACUGGGAAACUACCAGUGACGUUGAACUUCGCACAUGUUAGCAAUUGAAUUGAUGACCCGUUAAUUAAACGAAGGUUUCUAAUCGAUCCAAAUGGGACGUAAAUCUUACAAGAAAGGAUUUUAAGUGGAUUUUUAACAGAAUCAAAAAAUGCAAGUGAUAAGAUGCUGGAACAUGUAGAUAUCUGUCAGGAAGUUCUAAAUGCAGAGAAAUGUAACCAAUAUCCAGUAAUACUGAAGAAAUGUACAGACGUUCACAUUGGUACGAAAAUAGAAAUCCAUUCAGAACAACCGCAAACAAGUUACUUAAAGGAAGAAGAUGAAGUACAGAAUGAAAUGUACGUCAAUUGCAGCCAGAAAUUGAAGAACAAGUACAAGACAUACUUUGCUUACAUGAGAUCUUUCUUGUGGGAAGGUAAAAGGAACGACUUUCCAUUAAAGAAUUACUUCGUAGACUUGACAAUACAAAAGGCAGAUUUAUUCGGAAAGGAAAGAGGAGAUAAAGUAAAUCUAAAUGAAAUAUUUUCUAAUCAGGACGACGAACAUCAAACUAUUUUGGUGACAGCACAUCCCGGUUAUGGUAAGACCACUCUGUGCAGGAAGAUUGCAUACGAUUGGGCAUCCACGGAUUACCUGCAACAUUUUGACUUAACGGCAUGUAUUAUUUUAAGAGAGUUAGGCGAUAGAAGUGUAAAACAAGCAUUAUUCGAUAACUUGCACGAGAAUUCGUCAUUUGAUAAAGAUUGGAAAUUACAUUUUAGGCAACUGAACAUUUUGGUGAGUUUGGAUGGGUUCGAUGAGAUUGUAGAAAAAAUAAAGUAAUGAAAUUUAUAAGGGAGGAAUCUUUCGAUAUUUCUAGUCAAAUGACGAUAUUGGUAACCAGUCGACCUCAAGCAACGGAAGAUAUCAGAGAAGACAUGAAGAUGAGGUUUUCGAUAAAAGGGUUUUCUCCAGAAUAUCAGAAGAUAUGUAUUCAGUUAAUGUUUAGAGAAGACGAGAAUAAAGCGAGAAGUCUUGUUGAGAAAGUUGAGGAAGACGAGUUCUACAAAGAAAUAGCCGAAUGUCCUCUGAUGCUGCACAUGUUGUGCUGCCUUUUUAAUAAUGCAGAAUUGGGAGAAAUUAAAACCACAACGGAUUUAUACAUCCGAAUGUUUACUCUUGUAACCGAACGUUAUGUUAGAAAAACAGAUCAGAAUUGCAAGUUCGAACGAGGAAAACAUUUUAUGGGAGAAAAUUUGCUACUUCGAUAGAAAACAUUAUUUCUAAAACUUAAUUCGAUCACAUCAGAGGCUUUAAUAAAGUUUUUUCCAAACGAAGAUGAAUAUAAUUUCAUCAUUGGAUUGGACAUUCUUGCAGUGGAAUCUUUUUCACAAUACGAUAAAAUCAUUCGUUAUCAUUUUUUGCAUAUCACAUUUCGGGAAUUUCUUGUAACUUACACUAUAUACAACGAUUUUUCUAAUUUUUCAACUUGGAUCACAGAUCAAAUAUUAUUAUUUAUAUUGGGAUUGUUUGGUAGUGAUAAAUUUCCUGAACGUUUUCUAUGUAAUUUAAAAGAAAGAGUAUUCACUCCGAAUUUCAUGCUUCGAGCUCACAAAGAUAUCAAAUUAAGGGAAAACUGGGAGGAAUUUUGUUCAAAUUCCAAAGUAAAAUUUUAUGAUAUAGAAUUAAAUGAGAUGAAACAAUUAUUGAAUUUGUAUCCAUUUAAACAGCUGUUCUUUUGUUUCUCCGAAUCUGAGUUUGACUACGAAAACCACAAGAAUGAAAUUUUUCAGUUUUUUAACGAUUUCAGUUUCCCAAAUGGUCUAAAAAUUUACCUUUUUCUUAUUAAUAUGACAACAGAUAGGGAUUAUUCACACGAUAUUCGAGAGUCUGUUUCGUGUAUCAUCGACUUCUUUCGUAACAUCAGACCAAUCGAUUAUGAAAUUUACUUUAUUGGUAUAUAUAAUUUUAUCGAUAUAUUUCAUUGCUUCAGAAAUGUUAAUUAUUCUUUGAAUUUAACUGAGGAUGUUCUGAAAGAAUUGCGUAUUGAUGAAGGCGAAGAACUGAUUGCAUUGCAAACUCAAAACACAAAAGGAACGUUUAACAGUUAUUUCUUGUCGUUGGAACAGUACGAAACUUUACGUGAUCGCAUGAAAAUUUAUCCAAUUAGAGAGAAGAAUUCAAAAUGCGUUGUCAUUUAGAUUAAUGUAAUAAAUUACUUUAUACCUGUCUAUUUUUAGAAGAAACAUUGAAUUGUCGAGGAGGAUAAAGGUGUCAGGAUUAAGGUGACGUAGCGAGGGGGAUUGGAAAGAAAAUCGUAUUAUCUGACCGCCGGUCCUAUAAGAAUUCAGAUAUUUCGGGACUCCUGUAGCACUUCAAUCUUACCUUCCACUACAGCUGACAUUCUUCACUGGUUAUAUCGGUGCUAGAAGACAGUGCCUAGAACUUUAUCUAUUUUAAAUGUGUGAUGACGAAUUCCACACAAAAAUUAUUAUUUUUUAUUUAAUUCCUGGAGUAGAAUUCUUCAGGAAAGUGCGUUGUCUAGGUAUAAGUUUCUAAUGUUAUAUUUUUGAUGUGAAUAAAAUGUUUAUUAUUUUUUAAUAAAAUACAUAAUUGUUUUAAUAUAAGACAGACUGUACCAUUGCCGUAAGUAAGCUCAUUAAUUAUCUUACUGGUAGACGUCACAAAGCGAAUUAAUUAAAUAUAAUUUAUUUGCGGGUGUUCAUACGAAAAUUUAAAGAAAAUAGGGAAUAAAACAAAAAAAUACAUGUAUGGAGAAAGUAAGGAACUGGUAUGCAAUAUAACGCUAAUGUAAUGUAUAUAAAUAUAGC